UCUGCCUGAGGCGGCGAGGGCGGAGAAAAGAAAAACACCGCCGACCAGAAUUUUGAUUCGGGCCCGAGGAUCACCAACGGGGAUUAUCUCCAUUACUCAUCUCCCUUUCUCUUGUCGCUCUUUAUACUUGAACCAACCGGGGGAUCGCUUCUCUCUUUUUCACGCAUCAGCCAUCCCCCCCUACCCCGGCCCCGACCGUAUUCGGGAGUCCAGUGUCGGCUCAUAUUGCCAUGAGCCUGACCUCGCGAGUGUUCGGCCUGUUCUCGACAACGGCGGCUCCGGCGGACUCGACUACGACAGCGCAAACCCCGGCGCCUUUAGCCCAUCAUGAGAUAAGCCUUCCUGGCGCUGCCCGGCAUGCUCGGGGUGAUCAUCUCUUUGAUGAGGAGGAGGAGGAGCCCCGUCCGCCAUAUCCUCAUGCAAUGCUAGCGGGUGGAAUUGGAGGAACAUGUGGUGACAUGUUGAUGCACUCGCUGGACACCGUCAAAACCCGGCUACAAGGCGACCCGAAUGUCCCGCCUCGAUACACCUCAAUGACCUCUUCAUAUGCAACCAUCUACCGACAAGAAGGCUUCUUCCGUGGGUUAUAUGGCGGAGUCACACCAGCCGCGCUGGGCUCUUUCCCCGGCACGGUGGUGUUCUUCGGUUGUUACGAGUAUACGAAGCGGGCGAUGAUCGAUGCGGGCAUCAACAAGAACAUCGCAUAUUUAUCGAGUGGUUUCUUUGCGGAUUUAGCGGCAUCCAUCGUUUACGUCCCCUCGGAGGUUUUGAAGACUCGACUACAACUUCAAGGCCGAUAUAACAACCCACAUUUCAACUCAGGCUACAACUACCGCGGCAUGACUGAUGCCUUCCGAACCAUCAUCCGCCUCGAGGGCAUUUCAGCGUUGUAUCACGGCUACAAAGCCACGAUUUACCGUGAUCUCCCGUUCUCUGCCCUGCAAUUCGCAUUCUACGAGCAAGAGCAAAACCUGGCAAAGCAAUGGGUCGGACACCGAGACAUUGGGUUGAGCUUGGAGGUUCUUACGGCCGCCACUGCGGGUGGAAUGGCUGGUGUGAUUACCUGCCCAUUGGAUGUGGUUAAAACGCGCAUUCAAACUCAGCAGAACCCACCAUCAAAGCCCGGCGGGCCAUGUAGCGCGAAAUCAGCGACCGAUCACGUCCCGAAGGAAAGCCCGCGGCCCCACGCGCCGAGUUCGUCCCAGUCUCAUGCGUCGUCGAGGGCGCACUCGCGACCGAUAUCCACCUCAUCACCUUCAACGUCGGUCUCUCCCCCUGGAGCUCCACGGCUAGACACGUCAUCCGUAUUUACGGGACUGAAGAUGAUCUACCGUACCGAGGGGCUUGCGGGGUGGUUCCGCGGCGUGGGCCCACGCGGUGUGUGGACCAGCAUUCAAAGCGGAACCAUGCUGGUGAUGUACCAGUAUCUCCUCAAGCAGUUCGAAAUCUACCACGGCUCUUUGGAUGAGAGCCAACCGUUGUGACGUUCAACUUAACCUGCAUGCAUUUUGGGACGGGGCCUACUUCAUUGGGGUGGCGUUUAUUUUUGCGGACUCUUCCUCUUGAUUUCUUCAUCUUGUGUAUUCCUCGGGCCUGUUGGAGGGUCUUUGUUUGUGUAUAUUGCUGUUUCCCAUCUCCCAUCGUGAUAGACGAUCCUACCUAGACCGGCCUAAGAGGCCUCAUUGUACCAUAGCUACAUCAUUUGUGAUAAUAUUUUUUUUCAUUCUACUCCUAUUAUCCCAGAAUGAAAAUUAAAUAGGUG